AUGAUUCCAGAAACUAGAUUGGAGGGAGCAAUGCCCUCGACUGAUAUGCUGGAUGAAAAUCCAACUGUUUCAACUGAGUGCUCCAACUCCGAGACUUCCCCUAUUGCAUCAUGUAACAAUUAUGUUUUAAAAAAAAAAGAUUUGGAGAGAGAAGAUUUGCAAGAUGAGUGCGAUUAUAGGAGAAAUUUCUCGGAUGUGCCCAAUUUUGAGUAUGGUAGCAACUCUCCUCUAGAUUUAAAAAGCAAACAAGAAGCAACUGCCAUCUCAUGUAUUUCACUGGUUUCAAUGCUUAUGUUCUCCAUAUUUCUUUGUUAUGCUGAUAGAAUAAUUAUGCCCUCUUGCAUUAAAAGCAUAAGCGAAGAGUUUGGAUUUAACAAAUCUGAUCAGGGAUUUAUCCUCGGACUUUUUUACGGGGGUUAUAUUUGGACUCAAAUUAUAGGUGGAUAUAUUUCAGACACUAGUAAAUUAGGUGGGAAAGGUGUAUUAUUCUUUGGAGUAACAUUUUGGAGUCUUUGCAUGAUAUUUACUUCGUUUCUUUCAUAUAUGGGUAUUACUGGCUUCAUUAUUUGCAGAAUUUUUCUUGGAGUCGGAGAAGGAGUUUCUUUUCCUGCAUUAAACUCCAUUGUUGGCCAUCAUAUACCUUCUAAGUACUCUUCAACUGUAAUUUCCAUUAUAAUCGCAAGCUCCUUCAUUGGUGGAGGAUUUGCUGCCUUUGUUACCCCCCCUAUGAUACUGUCUCUGGGAUGGAGAGGCCCAUUCUAUGUAUUUGGAUUGAUAGGAGUCUUCUGGUCAAUUGUCUGGUUAUUUUUGGAUGUUAAGAGUCUAAGUUGGACUAACAAACCAAGUAUUUAUGAGUUUUAUGAUACCAAGGAGAAAAACGAUUUAGAAAUCCAGCUUCCGGACUUUCAAUUUAAGAAAAAAUUAUCAUUUGAAAUUAGUCCCAAGUAUCAAGCAAAGACUGAUUUACUUGGUUCAUUCUCUAUUGGACUUGAUUGUUUAAAUAAGCAUGAAGACGAGAAGAGAGAUUCUUCUAUUGAAUAUAAUAUUGAGAAUUUACAAGAGAAGAAAAGCAGAUAUUGGCCAAUAUUUAACUUUGUAAAAGUCCUUCUAUUGAAUAAAAGCAUAUUUGCUAUAAUUGUCGCUCAAUAUUGUCAUGGAUGGACCCAGUUUGGUUUUGUUACUUGGAUGCCUAUAUAUUUCACAGAUGUAUGCAAAGUUAACUCAGCAUAUCUUGGGUACUACACAACUCCACCAUGGGUAUUGCAGGCAUUUUUUGUCAUAUUCUUUGGUUUCCUGGCUGAUAAGCUUGUUUCCUCUUCGAUUAAGCCGAUUAUUGUCAGGAAAUUAUUCCAAUCUGUGAGUAUGUUUGUUGGGGCAGGGUGCCAGCUUGCAUUGGUUCUUCUAAAUAAUAUGGGAUUAACUUCCGCCUCCUACGCAAUUAUGGUGAUUUCUUUGAUGUUUAUUUUUAAUACAAUGAGUGGAGGAGGAGUAACUGUCUAUCAAUUUGAUAUUGCUCCAGAGUUCCCAGCUGUUGUUUAUGCAAUUGGAAAUACAUUUGGAACAAUUGCAGGAUUAUUUUCUGUUUCUCUUACAGGUCUUAUCUUGAAUAGAUCAGAGGUAAACCUUCAGGUAAUUGGAAGUGAGUUAGGUGGUUCCGUAUUAAUCGAAAGAUGGAAGUGGGUUUUGGCUAUUUAUGCGAUACACAAUAUAAUUGGAGGACUUUUGUUUGUGCUUCUUGCUGAUGAAAGGCAAAUCUCUCUAAAUAAGCAAAUUAAAAGUAAUGAGGGAGAUGCAGUUUCUCAGCUUAGCAUAGCUAAGGGCGAAAAUAUUAAUGAAAUAUAG